GGACAGUAUUAUUGUUUAUUGCAUGCUUGUAAACUUGUAUAUAAACCAUGCUGCCAUUGCAGCAGGUAUUGAAGUAAGAGAGCUUGAUUAUUCAUCAGCAAAGACGAUAUUCAUCAUGGUAUCACAGAGCUAACAGUCUAACGACCAAAAGCUUUAAUUUUUUUUCUCUUCUCUCUCUCAUGGCGUCCAGUUUAAAUCCCUCAACUCCCGUUGCUAUUCCCUCUCUUCCAAAUGCUUCCAACUUUCUGACUAUAAAGUUGGAUCGUACCAAUUAUCCCCUACGGCAUGCCCAGAUGUUGCCCUUGCUUCGAAGCAGGAAUCUCGUGUCCUUUGUUGAUGGAACCAACCAAUGUCCUCCUGCCUUCUUGCAGGAUGAUGAUGGCCAACUCACUGAUAAAGUCAAUCCUGACUUUGAUGCAUGGAUUCAACACGAUGCUAUGGUCCUCUCUUGGAUCAACAGUUCGGUUCAUCCCACCGUUCUUGCCUCUCUUAUUAAUAAGACAAGUUCUCAUUCUGCAUGGACUUGUUUACGAGACAGGUAUGCUUCUCAAUCUACUGGCCGCCUCCUCCAAUUGCGUAGUGAGCUUAUGAAUACCCAUCGUGGUGAUUCCUCUAUUGCUGAGUUUCUUGAUCGUAUUAAUGGUCUUGCUGACACUCUCUCCCUCUCUAGUUCUCCUGUGACUGACUCUGAUCUUGUUGCCAUUAUUUUAAAUAAUGUUGGGCCUGCUUAUGAGAGUACUGUUGCUUCUGCACAAGCAAGGGAUGAGGCCAUCACUUACAGUGCCUUGGAGGCUCUUCUUCUUGGUGCAGAGAGACGUCAAAAGCUUCAUACUGUGUUUGAAAAUGGGCACACUGCCCUUGCUGCUGGACGGGGUAGUUCAGGACCUUCUCGUGGUCGCGGUGCUUUUCGAGGAGGCCGUGGUCACUUCAAUGGCGGCCGUGGCCAGUUUCCUCCUCGUCCACAAGGCCAAGAACACCAUGUUCUUCCACCCCGACAAACCCAUUAUGGCAUUCUUGGUGCUCCUCCUUCUCCAACCCAAUCUGGUGGCCGUAUCCAAUGCCAAAUAUGUCGUCGUCACGACCAUUCUGCCAUCGAUUGUUUCAAUCGCCUCAAUAUGGCCUAUGAAUGACGUGUUCCUGCUCCACGUCUCCAAGCUUAUGCUGCUGCUGCACCGUCUCCGGCGUCUGCUUCUCCCUCUGGCAUUCAAAACUGGCUUUUUGACUCUGGAGCCAAUGCACAUAUCACUCAUGAUUUGAAUUAGGUUUCGAAUCCUCGUCCUUACAAUGGCACUGACAAUGUUAAUGGUGUGGUGGAUGGACCAGGACCUUCAAACGGGGAAGAUGCUUUUGCAAGGCCGGAGUAAAAAUGGUUUUUAUCCAUUUUCAAGUUCUUCUGUGGUCAACAAUGGAGUCUCUGCAUUUGUCGGUGUUAGAGUGUCGGAUGCUACUUGGCAUUCUAGGUUGGGUCAUCCUGCAAUUUAUGUUUUACGUAAUCUAAUUUCCAAAAAUAUAUUACCAUUAACUGGUAAUGCAACCUACGACUUUUGUUCAUCAUGUCCCCUCGGCAAAAGUCAUAAGUUGCCAUUUAAUUUAUCCUCUUCCCAGUCAUCAUUUCCUUUGGAAUUAAUACAUUCAGAUGUAUGGAUUUCUCCUUCU